UAAAAGGAGAAUUUGGGGAAGAAAUAAGAAUAAAUGAAUUGAAUAUGGAAAAAGAAGAUAAAGAAGGGGUAAAAGAGGGGUUAAAUGAGGAUAUAAAUGAGGAGAAAUCUAUGUAUUUUGAGAAACUUAUUGGGGAUUUAGAAGAAGUCCCAGAAGAAGAAGAAAAAGAAGAAAUAAGUGAUGAAUCAGAAGAUUUAUUUGGUGAAGAUACCAGUGAAGAAGAAAUAAAGGAAGAAAAUGAAGAGAAUGAGAGAAAUGAAGGAAAUGAAGGUAGAAUGAGAAAGAUGGGGUAUGAAAGACAGGAGGUAAUGGAAGAAUUUGAAUAUCAAGAAACAAGACGUGUUUUAGAAAGCACGCUUGCAAAUUAUGGAGCACCAGAAUCAGAAGAUGGAGAGAUAUAUUAUAUUAAAAUGCCGAAUUUUUUAACGGUAGUUGAAAAACCGUUCGAUUCGAAAACAUAUUUAGAGGAAGCACGUGCGGAAUAUGAAGAGGUUACAGCUAAUUCGUAUGAUAAUUGUCAAAGAAUUAGAUUAAAAAUAGAGAAUACGAUUAGAUGGAGAUAUGUUAAAAAUAGUGAUGGAACAUAUUCUAAAGAAUCUAACGCACGAUUUUUAAAAUGGUCGGAUGGAUCGUUAUCAUUACUUUUGGGAUCAGAAUUAUUUUCAGUAGUAGUAAAGAAUAGUAUUUCGGAUUAUAUGUAUUUGAGUAUUUCUCAUGAAACACAAAGUCUUCUUAUGUCUAGAAAACGGUUUACAAAAAACAUGACAUUUUUACCAAUUGAUACAGGAAGUUCUACACAUAAAAGAUUAACAGAAGCCAUUCUUCGAGGAAAUAUGAAAAAAUCUAGUAUUAUUGAAUUUAUUAAUAUAGAAGAUCCAGAAAAAGUUAAACGAGAAGCAGAAAGAAUUGAAGAGGAAAAAAUUAGAUUUCGUCGUCGUUUAGUAUCAAAACGUCGUGCUAGAAAUGCUAGAUAUAAUGAAAGUCCUAUUUUAACAAUUGAAGGUUUAGAAGCAGAAGAAACAAAUGAUCAAUUUUCCGGUAUAUAUAAUAAAAACAAUAAUUAUGAUGAUGAUGAUGACGACGAUGGAUUUAUUGUAAACGAUGAAAGCGAUGAAGCAGAACGAGUAGAAAGAUUACGUAGAGUUAAAGAAGAAGGCAGAAACAUGUAUAAAAUACAACAAAUGUCUUUAACUAACGAGAAUAAUCAAAACGAUAAAAAAGAAACAAAUGCUCAUUGGUUAUUAGACGAACAAGACAAAAAUCUAGACGAUGCUGAAUAUAUGAAAGAAAUCGAUCUAGACGAAAAUAUUAUAAGAAAAACAGGAAAACGACGAAGAAUUGUAGAUGAACUAAGCGGAGAUGAACAAACAACACUUGAUACAGAAAAUAUAAAUAACCAUUAAGCAUAAUAUUGCUUAUUUUUUUACAAAAUAUCUAAUCUACAAUAUU